CCAGAGCUGAAAAUACCCAAGUGUAUGUCAACAUCAUCUUUCGUGACUCUUCCACUGUCUCUGAACAGUGAUUGCUUGUCUGACAUCCAGUAGCGGAUGAGCAGAAAUUUCCUGCAAUUAAAUAUUGAGAAGAAAGAAGCCACUGUUUUUGGUCCCUGUUAUGAACUGUCUUGCCUUGCCACUAACUCCAUCUCUUUUGGCAAUUGUGAGAUUCAUACAGACUGUCCUCAACCUUGGUGUUAUAUUCAACCCUCAAAUGAGCUUCCUACUGCACAUCCAUAGGAAGACUGCGUAUCCUGAUCUCUGUAAUGUUGCCCAACUCUGCCCUUGCUUCAGCUUAUCUGCUGUUGAAACUCUCAUCAAUGCCUUUGUUACCUCUAAACUUCAUUUUUCCAAAGCAUUUCUGGCCUGCCUAACUAGUUAUAUCUGCCACAAACAUGAGGUAAUUCAAAACUCUGCUGCUCAUGUCCUAACUCAUGCCAAGUCCUGCUCACCCUGAUCUACAUUGGCUCCCAGUUAAGCAAUGUUUUGAUUCUAAAAUUCUUAAACUUGUUACCAAGUUAUUCCAUGGCCUUGCCCCUCCCUGACUUUGUAAUCUUCUACAAUCCCCUGAAAUCUCUACACUCCGCCUAUGUUGGUCUCUUGACCAUUCCUAAUUUUAAUUGCCCCACCAUUGGUGGCCCUGCCUUGAGCUACGAAGUCCAUUAGAGCUGCAGUCCCUUCGCUAAACCUCUUUCCUCCUUGAAGGUGCUGCAUAAAACUUACCUCUUUGACCAAGCUUUUGCUCAUCUGGCCUAACAUCUCCUUAUGUGGCUUGUUAUCAAAUUUUGUUUGUUAAUGCUUCUAAUGCACCUUAUGUUAAGGAUACUAUAUGAAUGCAAGUUGCUGUCGUUUAAAUACAUAGUUUGCAUGCAAAGCCAGCACUUGUCUGUGAACGCCUGCCCCAGGGCUGUUCCAUGAUCCAUUCAUUUGAAGAUAGUCAUGAGUACCAAGACUAUUCAGCAGCUCAAAACAUUGUCUCGUGGAUAAAUACUACCAAUUAAGGAGUGACUGGAGUCCCCUCUGUGCAAUUCUGGAAAAGAUAUAUCAAAAUAAAAUACAUUAGGUGCUGAAAAUCUGUAAAAGAGAAGGAAAAUAUGAAAUCAGACAGUAUCUGGAGAAGAGAAAAGCGACAACGUAAUGUUUCGCCUGAACUUCUGAAAAGAGUUUUUGUCUAAAAAAUUGGACAAAUCAAAUUGUCAAAGGGAGCCUCAAGGUUGAGUUCAUAGAGCAUACUCGAUUUCUUAAAUCAAUACCUUCUGGACCCAACCAGAGGACAGGCCAAUUUGGACUUCCAAUGUCGCUGGGUCAAAAUCCCAUGAUCCAUUUAUUUCAAAAGAGUUAUGAAUACCAAGACUUUUCAGCAGCUCCAACAUUGGCUUGUGCAUAAAUGCUACCAGAUUUGUUUCAUCCUCCUAUUGGUUCAUUACCUACAAGUCGUGGUCUGUUGUGGCCAAGGCGAGUAUACCAUUAAUGGACAGUGCUGCUCGAUGUGUUCACCAGGCACUAUAGUGCUCAAUCAUUGCACAACGGAUUUUGGUACAGUAUGUAAACCAUGUACAACUGGAGAAUAUAUCGACCAUCCUAAUGGGUUAGAGAAAUGUUUUAAAUGUGCAGCUUGUGAUCAAGAGCUUAGGCUUCAAGUUAAACAUGAAUGUACCUAUACACAAAAUACAGUAUGUGAACCAACAGAAGGCUAUUACUGCAUAGACAAACACUGCCAGCUGGGUAGAAAGCACAAAACAUGCCCUCCAGGUGAAGGAGUUAAAGAGAAAGGUACAGAUUUCACAGAUACUGUGUGUGAGCUGUGCCCUGAAGGAACAUAUUCAGGAACUGAUUCAUCAACUGAAGCAUGUGAGAAAUGGACUAAUUGUAAGGAACGCAACCAAAAUCAGGUCAAACUAGGAACCUCUAGUACUGACACGAUAUGUGGAACAAAGACUAAUCUGGUCACUAUACUUGUGCCUGUUGUCAUCACGGUGCUUAUCAUAGCUUGUGCGGUGGUUUUUAUUUGGAAGAGAAAUAGAAGGCAUCCAAAACAUGAAGAUGCCCUGGCCUCUCUGAACCAUGACCUUCCUUCCAUCAAAAGGUCAGAAGUAGGGAUGUUCGCAGAUGAUUGCACAAUGUUCAGUACCAUUUGCGACUCCUCAGAUAUUGGGAAAGUCCGUGUCCAGAUGCAGCAAGACCUGGAAAAUAUCCAGGCUUGGGCUGAUAAGUGGAGAUCCUCAUGAUCCAGGAACGCUGGUAUCCUUGACCACUCGGCACACUGGUCAGAAACCCUCUCACUGCUCAGUCACAACCCCUGUGCAAGAUCAUGACUUGAGGUGAAAUUUUCCUUGUGAAUUUGCGGACACAUACAAUUUGUAAGAGCUGGAGCACUGGUUGUAGGCCAAGGUCUCUCUCUAGCAACUUGGCACAAAAAUCUAGGCUGAAACUCCAGUGCUCUACUGAGGAAGUACAAUACUGUUGGAGGUGCUGCCUGUCGAUUUGGAUAAGACAUUAAACAGAGGCCCUGUCGGCGCACUAAGAUGCACUUAAAGAAUCCAAUGGCACUUAUUUUGAAGAGCAGGAUGGUUCUCCACAGUGUCCCUCAACCAACAUCACAAAAACAGAUUAUCUGACAGAGGACAGCUGGAUACUCUCACCCAAUCCGAGGCCCCAACCAAGAUCCAGCCCUCUGCUCAGCUUUGUGCUCCAGCCCUGGGAGGGAGGGCAUGUGGGGUUUAGGAAGAGGAGUUGCUGAGUGAGUAUGGUAGGGAAAUAGGUUGGGAAAGAGUGUGUUGGUGUGUGUGAUGAGAUUGGGAAAGAGUGUGUGGCUUUCACCACCUGGCAGUGCCACCUAAUGUGUAAAUAUAUAUGUACAGUAUGUAAAUAUGUGUUAAAUAUUUUGAGAAUUA